UCUAUGGUUGACAGUUAAAAUUCCCCAGUGGAAAGGUAAAGUAGACAGAUAAAAUUCCUAGUCGAGCUGAACUUACUGACAAUUCGCUUUUCAAAACAAAUAUGGCUUCUUCAAACGCAAGAGGGGUUUCGCGUGUGCUAGAAAAAUUGGAAAACUCUGUAAAAGAAGGAAAUUAUUAUGAAGCGCAUCAGAUGUACCGCACUUUAUAUUUCAGAUAUUUGGGACAAGAAAAAUAUAACGAACUGUUGGAUAUGUUGUACAACGGAGCUGUGCUAUUCCUAGAUAGAAAUCAGCACAUCAGUGGUGCAGAUUUAGCAAUUUUGCUUGUUGAUGUUCUAGUCAAAUCAGAAAAUGGAAACUGUACGGAAUGGAUUCCCAAGAUUUGCAAGAUCUUUGGGAAAAUAGAUCCCAGCAUACCAGAACGGGAUACAUUUAUAAACAGUUCCAUUCGAUGGUCUGCAAAGAAUGGAAGUCAGGGACAUCCCCUUUUGCAUCAGGGUAUAGCACAGGUUUAUUGGAAUGAAAAAAGCUAUGCUCAGGCCAGACAUCAUUUCAUGUAUUCUAAAGACGGACAGAGUUGUGCAAAGUUACUUAUUGAAAUACAGACAACACAGGGUUAUCAGGGCGAAAUCGAUUUAUUUAUAGCCCAAACUGUACUGCAAUAUUUGUGCCUGAGAAACAAAAACACUGCUAAUCAAACCUUUAGUAGUUACACUAAAGAACACCCUAGAAUAAGAAAAUCAGGUCCUCCUUAUUUGUUACCAUUACUUAAUUUUCUUUGGUUUCUCCUACAGACCAUUGAAAGUAAAAAGUUAACUACGUUUGCAGUUUUAUGUGCACAAUAUGAACCAUCCAUUAAACGAGAUCCCUGUUAUGUACAGUACUUAGACAAAAUAGGUCAAAUAUUUUUUGGUCUGAAGCCUCCCGUUCAACAAGGGGGGGGAUUUUUCGGUAAUUUUCUACAGAGUUUUCUUAGCGGUUUAGAUGAAGACAGUGAUGAAGAGCAACUGCAGACCUCUGCUUCCUCCUCAUCGUCUUCUUCGAAAAUGCCCAAGCAACUGAUGCAUACUGAAGACUUGGAUUAAUAGUGACGAUUUUAAAUACUCGUAAACUUGUAAUUUGGGGUGAUUGUUUGAAUGUGUGUGCAGAUGUAAGAAUGUAAUACAAGUUGUUGAUAUUUACUUUCAUUUUUAAGAAGGUUGUAGGAGCGAAAAACAAAAUUUACGAUUACCUUGAAAUUAACUUAAUGAAUGGCAAUUUGUUAGUUUUUUGAGGGUACUAAAGUAAUAAUUUACGGAAAUACUUCCGUGGUUUUUCUUAAUGCUUGAAUAAACAGUCACAAACCUACUUGCCAGUAUAAAACUAUUCUAGCAGUUAACAUGGCAUUAUAUUUAUGUAUAUAUUGUACAACACCUUAAAAAUAUCUGUAUAUUUGUAUUUCAAACUGUCUUCACAGUUGAAUAUUUACUUCUUGCUUUAAUGUAAAUUGUUUUAUAUUUGCAGUGUUUUUUUGUGGUCUAUAUAAUGGUUUGAAUAAACUGUACACAUUAAAUUAACUUUUAAUUUUUAAAAUGUUGAUAACAACUUAUUGUAAUUGUCUAGUUUAUAUUAUUGUUUAUAAAAGUUGAAUAAUGUUUAAUGAUACGUGAUUUUUCAUUCUUCUUGCAGUUAAAAGGAAUAAGAAUGGAAUAAGCAUUGCUUUGAAAAAUUAAAACACAUUAUGUUAACACAAAAUUACGCUUCUUAGCAUUAAAGUUCCCCUUAUGAGAAUGAAAAUCAAGGUUUGUAGCAAGCCCCUUUUUAAUUACGAAACUCGUAUGAAUUCCGACCAACUGUACAUGUUUUCAUUGUAACAACUAUUAUUGUAUUUAUUACGCAAGAUAAUUGUAUGUAUUAAAUUUAAAUCGAACUUGUUACGCGCUAACAAUUUAAUA